AUGGAGAACGCUUUGGAGAACGCUUUGGAGAACGUUUUGGAGAACGUUUUGGAGAACAACGCUUUGGAGAACGCUUUGGAGAACGCUUUGGAGAACGCUUUGGAGAAUACUAUGGCGAAUACUAUGGAGAACGCUUUGGAGAACGCUUUGGAGGAGAACGCUUUGGAGAACGUCUUGAAGAACGCUUUGGAGAACGCUUUGGAGAACACUUCAGAGAACCACGGGGAUGCCAUGCCGGGUCCUGAGUUUCUGUUAAGGCUAAACGAUAAAAUCGGGAAAAAUCUUUCCGCCCUCUUCCGUGUAAUCCGCGAUGAUCGAGAAUCGCAAACGGAGGAGAAGUGCGAUCCUCGAGCUGCUAUUCCGUCACCGAAAGAUAAAGUCGGAGUGAAGAAGAUGUUCCCAGUGAUGGUCUUCAUCCAUGGCGACAAUUUUGACUGGAGCAGUGGUAAUCCAUACGACGGGUCUAUCAUAGCAGCCCAUGGAAACGUGGUGUUCGUCACCAUGAAUUUCCGCAUCGGAAUUCUGGGUUUCCUCCGGCCUGGGAUUACGGAGAGCACCGCCAGCAAUUUCGGCCUGUUGGACCAGAUUGCCGCUCUGUGGUGGAUCAAGGAAAACAUCGACAAGUUCGGAGGGAACCCCAACAGCGUCACUUUGCUGGGACACGGGACAGGUGCCAUCUUCGCUAAUCUGCUGCUCAUCAGUCCCGUCGCCAUCAAGAAUGAUUUAUUCAAGAGGGCCAUCCUGAUGUCUGGAUCAGCCCUGAGCGCGGAUGCGAUUGGAAAAGCACCGUUGCAGAUCACUAAACAGGUGGCUCACGAGUUAAAUUGUCCAACCACGACGGACAAAGAGUUGGCCAACUGUUUGCGGAGCAGAGAAGUGUAUCACCUAUUACGGGUUAAACUUCACAAGCCCACCUUUGUUCCGGCAUAUGCACCUUUGAUCGACAAAGCCGUCAUUUUGGACCACCCUUUAAAGUUGAUGGAAAAUCCCCAAACUUUUGCCAGAUACGACCUGAUGUACGGAGUGACAGAGCUGGAGAAAGCUCACGUCUUGUCAUCGGAACAGCUGCUCAACGGGAUUACGGAUAAAGAGAGGGACGACAUACUUCGAGAACUGGCAAGGGCAACCCACGAGGUGGAGCCGGUGCUGGUGCCUUCGAAGGUUUUGGAACAUUACGGGGACUAUUCGAAUGGCUUUCCGAGCGACUAUGAAAUGAAGAAUCGGGAAAUCGUUCUGGAAGCGCUUUCGGACAGUGGGACCGUCGCCCCAUUAAUAAUGACUGCCAAUUUGCAUUCGCGAGCCAACCCGAAGAGCUAUAUGUACGUCUUCUCGCAUCCGAAAGCCGUCCAAGAUUAUUCAGGCAAACAAUUACGGCGCACCUACCACGGGGAGGAAUUGUCCUACAUUCUGGGAGUUCCUCUUAACGAUGAGGGACAUCGUUCGCGGGAUCCGUACAACAUCGGCGAGGCUCUCUUCUCGGAGGCCAUAAUGACCUGGUGGUGUAACUUCGCCCAUACCGGAAAUCCAAACGCACCACACAGAUCAAUAUAUUACACAGAUGGACCAAGAGAGUGGCAAAAGUACGACAUCGACUGGCCGGAGUACGAUCCAGAGAAUCAGACAUACCUAAAUCUAACCAUUCCGCCGCGUGUAAGUACGUAUUACCGAGCUGACGAAAUGGAUUUCUGGAACGAGGACCUGCCCAACUUGAUCAAGCACCCCAAUAUGCAAAUCUCUCCACCGAAACGUCGCAAAGGACCGAGGCCUGCUAUCUUAAACAUAGCUGAUGGCAUAACAAAAUACCCAAGCGGCAUAACCAGUUCGGAUAAUUUCGGGUCAAAGUACGCAAAAGAGAGAAUUAAUAAUAUGCAAGACGUUACGCAGUAUCCGAGCAACUUGAACGGAGAUUCCGAAGACUAUUCAGAGACUGGGAAGAGGGAAGAUCAAGUAGGGGAAGCAGACACGACUCCAGAGCCGAAUGCCAUGAGAGCCUCUUCAGCGAUAACAAUGGUGAUUGGGUUUGCAAUAGUGUUCCUCCUGAUCAACAUUACCGCAUUCUUCUACCUCUACCACAAACGGCACAGCCUCAAAAGGGAAGAAAAGAGCCUCAAGAGACGCCUGAGUUGUAAAGACGAAAGUGGGAAAAGGGCGAAGAUGGACCGGCACACUGAUACCAAUCCGGAAAUAGGGUAUAAAUGCGGCAGCAAGCCAGAUUUGAAUGACGUGAUAAAAAACGAUAAAGCAUACGAUAACAAUUCAAAUUUCGGUAGGAGAUCGAAAUUGUCGAGGGAGAAUUCCAGUUCCACCAUCGACACCCACAUUAAAGUUAGGGAGUGGAUCCAACAGGAAAUAGUUCACAGGUGUUCUCCGCGGUUCCUGCGAAAAACGAGAGAAACUUUGCAGCGGGAGCACCGAGAAAAGAUGACAAAAGAACAGGAAGAAGCAAAGCGGAAGCAGGAUGAAGAGAGAGCUAAGGCGGUCCAAGAGGAGCCUGUAUAUGACCGAAGUCCAACGUUGAUAGUAUGUCCAGGGAAAAAGGCAAAACCCCCAAAAGUUUCCGUAGCCAUCGAUGCGACCCCAGCAACUAGGACGGAGUCUGUCCUAAAUCAGAUUCCGAUAGAGCUGGUAAAGGAUGCAAAGAUAACAAAGGAGAGACUGGAGGAGCUCCCCGUGGAUACGUUGGAUGGAAGUCAGCUUCCCGUGGCUCCCCAAGUAGUCGUGAUAGAACACCACCAUUCCAGAAGCGACCCAUUACCGAUGGAAGAGGUGCUGAGAAGUGCUAGAAUGAACUUCUCCUCUCCUCGAAUCUACGAGUCGGAUUCUGGGAGUACGAGUAGCCUUUACGCAAGGAUCAAUCCGAAGUUGAAGUCGCGACUCCCUCGCAUGGGUGCUCUAAAUAACCCCGAAACUCUACCGAGGCACCACGACGAGGAUCUGUACGAUAGAGUUCCUAUGGAAGACAUAUAUUCCAAGACGGCGCCGAAGCUGGUCACCUUUGGCACCCCAGACCGUGUGGAUGUCAAUGUAACCUGUAGGGAACCCACGAUCGAAAGAGACAGUAUCAGUCCGGAGGAAGCUUUGAAGACCAUUAAGCGGAGAAACUACCCGAAAGUGCUACCGGACAUUGAGAAGAGACGUUCCCUUCCUGCCCCGAACAGUCUCUUCAUCCCAAAGCAGUAUGGGAAUUCUCUGAAGGACGGCAGAAAUGUGUCACAGCCUGUGACUCCAACGUCACAGCCUCCUGUCCCUCCACCUAGGAUGUUUGGGACGUCAAAGAGUCUCGAUCUAGCUGAAGAACUAGAGAACUCAGGGGAAAGAGAGCCCGUUACGACGGAACUUCACAUCGGUCCUCUCUUGAAGAGGCAGGACUCGUCCUCGAAGAACAACUCCGACCCCAACAUCGUUGACAAAUCAGAUGACGACCUUCCGAGAGUCUUUGGCAUGACCAUGAUGGAUCGGUCAAAGCACGAAAUUAGGGGAGAGGAGCGGCACGAUAACCCUAUGUGUCCUCUUCAUGGACCGUACAUGUCACCGAGAAACGCCAUUUCUACAGAAGGUAAUUUACAUCAAAGCGAUCGAAUCAGAGCCAUCGGAACUCCGAACUGGUGCCGCUUUAAUGAUACAAAUUCCAGGUCGGACCGUGUUUUGAACUUAUCCAUGCCAAACACCAGCAUUGGAAAUCCAAACUGGUACAGGUCGGACGUAAUGCACGGAACAGGUAAUGAGGACUCGGCUGCAGGUGUAUAUGGACCCUCCGCGUCCGAUCCACAGAUCCUGAACGUCGGAGUUGAAUCACCUCGGCAGCUCCCCGUUGGGAGCGAAUCUCAAGGUUGGAAACCAAAACCUGUCGGGGAGCCUAGAAUCGUGAUCACACCCAGAAAUCCUAUGGGUCAGAAGUUUAGCGAGACUAUGUCGAACUUGACAGGGGGUUGCGGCAACUUGGAAAACCAGGAACCGAAGAUAGUUAUUACUCCAAGAAAUGAAGGAGUUCUACGUGAGAAAUUGAUCGCGUAUCAGGAACCAGAGUCCGGUCCGAUGAUGGACCAGCAGAGAUCGAUAAUGCAACCUUACCACGCGGUCUCUUCUGCGGCAGAACCAGUCUCAUCCAGAACAGGAAUAGACGGCAAAGAUGACCCCAAAAUUGUAAUAGUGCCGAGAGAUACAAAGACAAAUGCAAGUUCGAAUCAGCCAAGGAUAAUUAUAAAGCCAACGACGACCCUUUCCAGGAAUAAAGACAACAGGAACAUCCCCAAGGUGUCUGCGAUUCCGUCUCCGGAAAGGCAGAAUGUUCAAAAUACCGAGAGGGACAGGACACUGGAACGUCAAUACGAGAAGCCAGCCCUGAAGGAGAAACCAAAAGUCUCGAGGAUUCCUUCGUUCUCCAGAAAAAAGGAAGAUGCCGAGAAGAUCUAUGCGGAGAGAGUGGAAAUUGUACAGAAAGUAGCUGCGGUACCAAUGAGCAAAAUAGGAGCUGGUGCUGCGGCAAACCUGGACGUCAAGUCUAGCAUACCUAUGUUGUCCAAAAAGGAUGGGGACAAAUUCUCAAACGCGAACUCUUCUGUUAAUGGCGCAAACUCAGGCAAUCAAAGCGUUGGGACGAUUAAACGGAAACCGACAUCUAAGAAGUGACGGAUGACAAGUGGCUUCUGUAGUUUAAACUCUAUGAAUCAAGACUAACAUGCUUACAUUGUCGAAAAGAAGUGAAACAGGAAUUAGUAGUGGCGAUUCACGGAAACAGAUUGCUGGUACAUUUAAAUAAUGACUGAUUCCUAAAAAGUGAUGAGCAAAAUAGGAGCUGGUGUUACGGCAAACCUGGACGUCAAGUCUAUCAUACCUAUGUUGUCCAAAAAGGAUGAGGGCAAAUUCUCAAACGCGAAUUCUUCUGUUAAUGGCGCAGACUCAGGCAAUCAAAGCGUUGGGACGAUUAAACGGAAACCGACAUCUAAGAAGUGACGGAUGACAGGUGGUUUCUGUAGUUCAAACUCUACAAAUCAGACUAGCAUGCUUACAUUGUCGAAAAUAAGUGGAGUCAAAUCAUCAAACGGGAAUUAAUAGUGGCGAUUCACGAAAACAGAUUGCUGGUACAUUUAAAUAAUGACUUCUUCCUAAAAAGUGAUGAGCAAAAUAGGAGCUGGUGCUGCGGUAAACCUGGACGUCAAGUCUAUCAUACCUAUGUUGUCCAAAAAGGAUGAGGGCAAAUUCUCAAACGCGAAUUCUUCUGUUAAUGGCGCAAACUCAGGCAAUCAAAGCGUUGGGACGAUUAAACGGAAACCGACAUCUAAGAAGUGACGGAUGAUAAGUGGCUUCUGUAGUUUAAACUCUAAAAAUCAAGACUAGCAUGCUUACAUUGUUGAAAAUAAGUGGAGUCAAAUCAUCAAACAGGAUUUAAUAGUGGCGAUUCACGGAAACAGAUUACUGGUACAUUUAAAUAGUGACUGGUUUCUAAAAAGUGAUCAGAAGUGGGUUGUAUCGUUUAAACUAUCUAUAAAUCAAGACUGGAAAGCUCAUACUAUCCAAAAUAGGUGGAGCAAAACCCCAAACUGGAACUUUAUCGCCAACAGUGGGAAUUGAUUCAAUUAAAGCGUUGGGUUCAAUUGAACGAAAACUGAUACCCAUCAAGUGAUGGAUGAUAAUUAGAGGGUUUUAUCAUUUAAGCUACUUAUAAGUCAAGGAUCUAGUGAACUAUAAGUCAUGUCUAGUACGUCUAUAUGGUCUAAAAAUUAUGGGAACAAGUCAUCUAGCGAGAACUCUUCCGCUAAUAAGGGGAAUUCACGGAAUUGAAGCGUUAACACAAUUAAAUGAAAUCCGUAUCUAAAAAGUGAUGAAAUAUAUCAAGAUGAAGAAGAGGUUAUAUCGUUUAAGCUACCUUUAAGCUCAUUAAGCUACCCGUUGGCUAAGAUAUUUUUCAUCAAUCAUAAUUUCUCGAUAUCAGUUUAACGUGGUUUUUUUUCUCAAAGUAGGACAUUCCGCUUGUGAGCAUUUUUCGAAUGAUCGGACGUUUCGCGGAUUUUAUAGAACAAUUCUGGGAGGAGGCUACGAUGCAACGUAAUAUAGAAUCUAACGGUUACCAAUAGACAAAAUUAAUGUAAUUAAGACUAAGCCUAUUGAAGUAAUUAUGUAAUUAGCGCGCAGCUGUCGUAAUAGAAGAAAAGAGGGUAAAAACGCGGAUCUCUUUAAAAUUAGACAAUCCAAAGAGCGUCGAAUUGAAGGCACAUACCUAUAGGUCUAUAGUAGCUUUAACGCUUCUUGUAUUUUUAUACUUAAUGCUUAACCCGCUCUAAUAGGUAAUCUUCGUGAUACUCGAGGUUGACUCAAGACUGUUUGAUAUUAUAAUAUCAUAAGAUAAGUGAAGUAGGGAGUAACAUCAGUCAGGUAACUUCGGAACUGAAGCACCCUUCAGGGUGUUGGAAAAUUGUCCUUGUUGGUGGAAAUCUAAGAAUGUACAAGAACGAGGAAACUGCAAUGACAAUUUGUACUUUACCGAGAACUCUUAUUCGUGUAUUCGUCGGACCCUGCAUUUUUCUAUGUUAUUC